CUCCGUCUUCACUACUCGCUCGUUUGGUGCUGCAUUGAUAAAACUCCACGCAUUUUUUUGACCACCUUUUUUUUUGUGAUAUUCUUAUUUAAUUUUACGGAGUGUUUACUUCCAAAGUUUUAAUGUCCCGUCGCGACAGGCGCUUAACAAAAUGGAGAUAUCAAACAAACUCCGUUGGGAUCAAUUCCUGAUUGUGGCAACAGCACUUAUGUCACCUGCGUUAACGGUGCUAUGUAAUGAUAUCCUCAGCCUGAAGGUGGCAGGAGAUCCAGUUUUAACCCCUCACUCUGUGUGCCUGAGGCUGGUAGGCCUCAGUAAACGUCAGAUGCGGAUGUGUAUGCGUAGUCCCGAUGUGACAGCAUCCGCCCUGCAGGGCAUCCAGGUGGCCAUCCAUGAGUGCCAGCACCAGCUGCGGGACCAGCGCUGGAAUUGCUCUUCCCUUGAAAGCUUCGGGAAGCUGCCCCACCACAGCACCAUCCUCAGUAGGGGUUUUCGCGAGAGUGCUUUCUCCUUGGCCCUGCUGGCAGCGGGUGUGGCUCACUCUGUGGCCUCGGCCUGCAGCAUGGGCAAGCUGCGGGGGUGCAGCUGUGAGGCCAAACGUCGCCAGGACGAUGACAAGAUCCGACUGAAACUCACACAGCUGCAGCUGCAGACCCUGCAGAAGGGCGGGGUAGGCAUCGGCAUGACCAAAUCAUUACCCUCUGAUCUAAAUGGGCACCAUGGGAACCUACCAGCCGACCUACACUCUGCCCACACGUCUGCACUCCUCAAGCCUUUAUCAGACGACUUAAGCUCUAUGCAGGACACCUGGAUGUGGGGGGGCUGCAGUCAUGACAUGCGGUUUGGGGAUCGGUUUUCAAGAGACUGGCUUGAUUCCCGUGGUUCUCCAAGGGACAUCUAUGCUCGCAUGAGGAUACAUAACAACCGUGUAGGACGGCAGAUAGUGACUGACAACAUGACCAGAAAGUGCAAAUGUCAUGGCACAUCAGGGAGCUGUCAGUUCAAGACCUGCUGGUACGUUUCCCCAGAGUUCCGUGCUGUCGGAUCUCUUCUCAAGGAAAAGUUCUUGUCAGCCAUCUUCGUCAACUCCCAGAACAAAAACAAUGGCGUCUUUAACCCCCGAACAGAGAACAGUCCCCACAGAAGCACUGGGGGAUUCAGCGGAGGGCGCCGUCGAAGCAUGUCCAGGGAACUGGUGUAUUUUGAAAAGUCACCUGAUUUCUGCGAGCGUGAUGCAUCGAUAGAUUCCCCGGGUACGCAGGGACGCAUCUGCAACAAAACUAGCUACAGCACCGACAGCUGCAGUUCGCUGUGCUGCGGCCGCGGGCACAACAUCCUGAGGCAGACUCGCAGUGAACGUUGCAAUUGUCGGUUUCACUGGUGCUGCUAUGUGCUGUGCGAGGAGUGUCGCCUUACAGAGUGGGUCAAUGUGUGCAAGUAGAUCCAGCUUUUGUUUGGCUCUAUCUGCAACUGUUCCAGAGAAUCUGUUUAUCCUGCUCACUUUGUGUUUUUUUUUUGUUUUUUUUUAUGCUGUCAUCUGGGAUCUAUUUUCUCUGCGUAGCCGCUGUUAUUCCUAAAAUGCCAAGUCAGAGAUUGAAGAGGUGACUCAUGUCAUUUGUGUUACCACGGCCUGUUUAGACGCUGCCCUCUCAGCCAUGAGGAAGGCCCGCACUCAAGUGGAGAAAUAGCAGAGGAGUGUUAAUGUUUCAGCCUUUGCUUUCUUAAUCAUCUUGUUGUACAGUAGCUGUGUAUUUUAUGAUGUUGUUGUAAAUUUGUACAUUUAUGUUGUAUUAAUGUGAUUAUUGUGUCAGAGUUUCAUGUUAGUUUAAGAUAUCGCCUUAGUCAUUGACAGAAAGGAAAAAAACAACUUUACCUUGAAGAUGAAUUGGAAGUUUAAGCAUCUUAAUUUCUACAUCCCAUCCCAAGACUUUGCAAGUUUUGUUUUUUUUAGUUCAGUCAGUUAAUUUGAUUAAAUAUUAAUGAAAUGACACACCAAAUUCCAAUCCAUUGUAAUGUAAUUAUACUUUAAUUACAUUAUAUCAAAGUUUUAAAAGUCUCAUUAUCUUAAAAGAAAAAAAAAGAGUUAUAAACUGUGGACCAUUUCAUUUUGCGAUCUCUGCGAUAUAAAUAGUGUGCAAGUAGAUAUGAGCCCAUUCCUAAGGAUUAAAAAAUCAUUACUAAUGGUCACUAAAUCAACACUUUAAUUACAAGAUGAUUUGUGGAAUAAUGAGAUCAAGAAUCAAGACUUAAUCCUAUUAUUAACCACACAAAGAUGCACAUAAUAACUAAUUGUGCAAAACAAACACAAAUCAAACAAAAUAUUCGUGAAAGUCUAUCAAGAGCUGGAUAAAAAAGUGGUCUUAAGCCCCAUUUUAAAACUAGUCACUGCUUUUAGAAGGAAAAAUAUUAAAAAG